AAAUACCUGUUAAUAACUUAAUAAUAUGUCCUUUUUUUCUUUUUUUUCCACUUUCCAUCAUAUUUUCUUCUCGUUUGCUAUUCACUCCCCCAAAUCCACUCCUUUCUUUUUCAAAUUUCCAAUCUCUAAACAUCAUUUCUAUCUUUACCCACAUCAUAAUUUCAACCAAAAUCAAACUUAACAAUUUGAUUACCUCACUUUUCAUUUCAAUGAUGGGAAUCUGUUGUUAGUUGAGGUUCCUUGAUACAUUGUGUUGAGGUUUGUUUUAUCUGGAUUUGUUUAUUAUGGGUAGAGUUAAAGGAAAAGGCAAGAAGCAGACCGUGUUUACAGCUAAAGAUGAUGUAGAGAACGCGAAAGGGGAGAACAUUGAGGCAUCUAAGAGAAGGGGAAGGCCACAGAAAUCAUUGAAGGAAGAGGUUGGAGAUGAAGAGUUUGAGAAAAUAGUGAAUUUUGAUGAAAAUGCUAAUAGUUCAAUAACAAGUAGAAGCUCAAAAGGUGAAAUUACUGCUAUGAAUGGAACAAAAAGGAAGAGGCCGUCACAAGUGAAGGAGAAUUCAGAUACUGCCGAGGUGGAAAAUGGUUCAGAAGCCAAUUCUAGUACUGAGGGCUUUGUGAAAUCUGUAGGGUUUAGACAAAAUGGAAGCAGGAGAAAAAGCAAGCCUCACCGAGCUGCUGAAGUUGGAGUAAAAUGCAAAUGAAAUUGAAGCAUCUGCUAUGACUUUCACUCUUUCAGUACCCUGGUUUUGUCUUGGCAGAUGGUUUGAUGUCCUUUGAACUGAGGGUCAGUCUUUUAUUGGCUCAUUUUUUGUGUUCAGUAUUUUAAUACUACAUGUUUCGGUUUCUUAUCAAGUGUUGAAGCUCAAUCUUUCCCUCCAUUGAGAUUGUGGUUUUUCUAUGAGGAACAUAACUUGCUAAUUUAGAAUUUUGAACAAGUUAUAAGCUAUGUAUAUUUUCUUUAGCUAUUUUGCUGAUUAUCUAUAUUAUGUCUGUUUAUUUCCA